AUGUCUACUCCUGUUAGGACGACUACCAUUGGCGGCCCCCCAGUGACCGAUAGCCCUGGCACCUGGCGUCACCCUCGACUCGACGAAAUCACUAGACGUCGUAAUGCGACGACCUUUUCAGAGAAGAACGUCCGCCAGAUCGCCUAUAAUGUUGUUGCGCUACUAGGAUUCUGGUCUGCGCAGCUCCUAGCCAAGCUCAACAUUGGCUCUCAAGUUGUUCCUACCUCUUUGAGGAUAUACUUGAGCUGGUCGUGGUUCAUUCUUCAACUCAUACCCUUUAUCAACAUUGGCAUUGCGUGUCUGCCAUUGAUCCGACCGAAAGACGAUCUCGCCGAUAUCCCCCUCACAGCUGCGCAGCGUCAGUUGCUGGGUCUGGAUCCCUCCUCAGCUUUGCCCACCCCCGAUACCAAGUUCAACACGCCGCCGCGAUACUCUCGCACACCAUCCAUUGGUGGUUCUGUGGGAAGCCGUGGAAGCUACGGCAGCUCGCCUUUGUCUGGACGAGGCAGCCCUUUUCAGGGAUCUACUGGCUCCCCAUUGGGUAGCCCUCUGUUCCAGAAGAGUAUCAACAACUUUGGCAAUGGACGGAGGUCCUCUUUUGGAUCAGCGAGCCCAUUUGCUGCUAGCUCUUCGAGCAACGUCUUCUCUGAUUCUGCUUCUCCUGGUUCGGCCGGAGGUAAGCGAACAAGUGUUGGAUUGAACAGCAAGUGGUUGUAUGAGAGGGGACGACGAUCGUCAGGAAAUGCUUGGAAUCUUUAA